ACACAACUGUGGAACGAACCACCAUGGUGCAGGAGAGUGGGUAUGGCUUUACUGAAGCCCUCAUCUCCCAGGGCACUCAACAGAAGAGACCAGCAUUGUCGUGGGGGUCGAAGAUCAAGAAGAAGCUGAAGACUGUAGCUCCCUACCUCGGCAAAUUCAGACCAUCUGUAGGACAAUGUUGCCACCAGUGUACCCCUGACAGCCUGGGCAAGAAGCUGGGACAGACCAUACCCUCUCUGGGGUUCCAUAAUCUACUGAGUGUCAAUGAGACCCACACCAGGUAUCGUGGUUGGCUGGUGAGGAGAGUGUGCUGUGUGCUGUUGGUCAGAGGCUGCAGGGUCUACCCUAGUCCUGCUACUGACAGAGUGGAGCGAGUCUCCCAAAGCAACAGGGUGCAGAAGGCUCUCUCCUCACCAGACAUAGCACCAGCGGGGGGAGACACCCGGGGUUCACUCACCCACCUUACCCCCUACUUCUCCCUCAUCAACACCUGCAUCUCGCCACAGCUUCUACGGCUGGUAGGCUGGGUGUUGCUGAAGGUGUUUGGGUCAGUGUUCUGCAGUGUCCAGGUCAACCUGAACCACAUGGCUCCCCUGCACAGAGCCUCAAAGCAGGGUGCGUCACUGGUGUAUGUGUGUGUGCCUCAGAGUAUCGUGGACUCUGCUCUCAUCCCCCUGGUUCUCUUCUGUCACAACCUGAGAGUGCCAUACACACUCUGUCACCUACAGAUACACAACAACUGGUUCAGGUCAGUCCUGCAGAGACUUGGCGUGGUCCUCCUCCCACCAGAUCCAAUCACAGAACAGGAAGCAGAGACCGACAACCUCUACUCAUCAGUCAUGACCUCCUUGGUUGGUGAGUUGCUGUGUGAAGGCCAGGUACUGAGUGUGUGUGUGUCAGGAGAGAGUUGGCGAGGAGGGCAAUGGUUGGCACGCAUCAGACUGGCUGUGAGAGAGGGAGUGGUGCCUGACGUCCACCUGGUUCCAGUGGGCAUCUCCUAUGACUGUGUGCCCAACACCAGCACACCGGUUGGUCUGCUGUCUGCUCUGAGGUGUGUGUUCUCCUUGCUGUGCGGCAACCGACAGAAAAGUAGCGUGAGGAUCCACUUCGCCCAGCCCUUCUCUCUGAAGGAGAUGUGUGACACAGGGAGGUGUCGUGUGGAUGGAGGGCGCCCUCUACAAGAUCUCCUGCUCCCUACCAUUCUACACAACAGGUCUGAUGCGAUAUUUGGCCAGAGGAUGAUGUCAUGGAUCCUGCCCCCUCGUUAUUUGCCUGAGCUCUGCCAAUCAGAGAGAGACCUCAGCAUUGCCCUCACCCUGCACCUCACCUACUCCACUAUGUCCUGCAUGGCUGUGAUGUCCACUAGCCUGGUUUCCUGUCUUCUACUGCACAAACACCGCAAGGGUGUAUGUCUGUCUGUGUUGUGUCGUGACGUGGCCUGGCUGCUGGAGGAGAUCUUGUUCAGGAACAGAGAUGUGGGCUUUGGGGGGAGUCUGGUUGGGGUGGUCUACCACUCCCUCACCAUCCUCACCCCUCACCUCACCCUCGCUGCCCAUCCCAAAGACAGGUCUGAUCCCCUCAUCGCUCCCCACCCCUCUCUCUCCGCCACUCUCUCGCUUUCCCGCCAUUCCCAGAUACUCACACACACCUUCCUCCAUGAGGCCGUCGGAGCGUGUGCGGUGUCGGCCAUGCUGUGUGAGGUGGCAGGCUGCGGGGGCAGCAGCAGGAUCAGGGGUGAAGAGAUUAAAGGUGACGAGGUCAGAGGGGAGAUGGAGUUUGACGUGGCACUGUGUCAAGAUGAACUGACUGAGAGAGCCCUGCAACUCACACACUUACUGCCCCCGGGGUAUAUACCUCCAUGUCAGUCAGCUCAUGGCUUUGCUCUGGAUGCAGUGGACACACUGGUGCGCUGUGGCAUCCUUGUGAUGGAAGAGGUUCCUAGCGACACGCCGAUCUGUGAUUUCUGGAGGAAGCAGGGUGCUCUGACCUGGAGUGCUUCAGACGACCAUUCUGACUGUGAAGAAGGAGAGGCACGCUCCUUCAAGUUGAGCCAGCCCAGCCAGUGUCCAGAACUGCUUUUCUUCCUGUGCAGUCUGAUGGCUGGCUACCUGAGGGCCCUGUGCUGGGCUACAGAGGGUUUAGACCUCCUAGACACUCCGCUACCAGAGGCUGUGUGUUUGGGCCAGAUACACUCCCACCUGUGUGACACCGCCCAGAGGGACAGGGGACACUAUGAGAGCUGCUCAGAGGAGGUGGCACGUGUGACAGUCAGGACGCUGACAGACCUGGGGGUGCUGGUUGAGGAUCAGCAGAGAGGAUGUGUGUUCCUGGGAGUCAGUCCACUCUUCCAACAGACAGACAACAGACAGAAACUCCACAGCUUUGUAUCCCAGUUCCUCUAUGACUAAUUCACACACCACAAGAGAAAGACCAAGCAGUGAAUGAGAGUAAAGUCUAUAUAGUGAAGCUCUAUAAUGUUUAGCCUGCUCUUAUUGACUUUCAUGUGUUUACAUGAUCAAGUCGUUGGAAUUAAGUUCACAUUUUACUGUUCUCCUCAUCAGGCAAUUUUUUUUGUUUAAUCUCAAUGCGUGUUUCAGUUUAGUAAAAGACUUUGCAUGAGUCUAUAAUGGACCGGAACAUUGGGUCUUGUUUCAGUUUAGUAAAAGACUUUGCAUGAGUCUAUAAUGGACCGGAACAUUGGGUCUUGUUUCAGUUUAGUAAAAGACUUUGCAUGAGUCUAUAAUGGACCGGAACAUUGGGUCUUGUUUCAGUUUAGAUGUUGCCUUUGGCCAAGGAUGUAUAGUGAUGACUUGGCCUGUGAACCGUUUUGGACACACCAGAGAAAUUGAGAGAAGAGUGUGUUUCUAGUGUUAAUGAUGUAGAAUAGCAUCAUAUAUGAUGCUCUUUGUUACGUUGAUGUUAUUAAACCUAGAAAUGUUUUUAUUUUCUGAAUCCAUCAUUGCUCUGCUUUCACAAACCUGAAGCAUCACACUCCAUUAGAAGUGAUAAGGGUCAUAAUGAUUGAGAACAAUCCCUAUAAAACUAAUGUGUGGGCAGCCAUUCAGUUUAUUGUUUGCCAAGUGUUCACAUAAUUAACAAUGGUUUAUGGACUAGAGGUCAGUUUAGAUUCGAACUCUUGGGUCUUAUCAAGUCUAGGCAGUAUAUUUCUAUCAUGCCUGUUCUUGGCAGUGUAUAUCUAUAACUGUUCUAGGACAGGGCUCUCCAACCCUAUUUCUGGAGAGCUACCAUCGUAUAGGUUUUUACUCCAACCCUAAUCUAGCAAAAAGAUUAUAAUAAAUUAAACUAAAUCAUUUCAAACCUUGCUUACAUUUGUAUAUGAUCACUGUCAUGCAUGGAAAUACUUUGGAACAGAUUUCCCAAAAUGUUAAUGUUUUUUUAUGUCCAAUGAAAAUUGAAAACCUAUACAGUACCAGUCA